AUGGACGAUGUUUAUUUCCAACAAGACGGUGCAACAUGCCACACAACCAACGUCAAUAUCCAUCGAUUGCAGUCCUUUUUCGGUGAUCGCGUGAUUUCGCGCAGAGGAAAUGUGCCAUGGCCACCAAGAUCGUGCGAUUUGACUCCCUUGGACUUCUUUUUAUGGGGAUAUUUGAAAAGCAAAAUCUACGUCAACAAACCAGCUACCCUCCAAGAACUCAAAAACAACAUCAUUGCCGAGAUAAAUGCCAUAGAACCGACCAUGUUGCAAAAUGUCAUUGAAAAUUUCGACCAUAGCGUGGACGUCUGUAAAUCCAGUCGUGGUGAACAUUUGAGCGAUAUUAUUUUUCAUACAUAAAUGGUAUAAAUGAACCUUCAAAAUAAAGUACCCAACUUCAAUCUUUCCUGUUUCAAUAUGCGUUUACUUUCCUGCGUAGGUUUUGGACAACCCCAUAUAAUUGAAAACAAAAACAAGCAGAAAAAUGAGUGUUUGGAGAAGCUUGCCUGGGUAUUCCAUUCAAACAACUGGCCUCAGAACUGGCCAACAACUAAAAAGCUUAACAACUUAAAUCUGAAGACAAGGUGAAUUUGUUAAACACGGAUAGUGGGGUAUCUAUCCCUUGAACUACUACGACAUUUGAUGAAAAAGUUUUAAUUCUUUUAUUUAUAUUAAAUAAGAAUAUAUGAAGUAUUUAUCACUACAUUGAAUUACUAUUUCUGUUCCCAUGAAGAUAAAAGUGCCGAUGAUAACUUAUA